AUGGAGCAGCUCGCCCAGUUCGUCUCGCAGAGCUUCGAGGGGCCCGCGAGCGUGAUAGGCCGUGGCAGGCCGUUUCUUCACCAGCACCUUCACCAGUACCAGCAGCAGCUACGUUACACCCAACGCCAGCAUUUCCAGCACCACAAGGAACGCUCGUCGCCGAUCAACCCGGAGUUAUUGGGUGGCCAGCCAACGCAGGAGUCCACCGUUGAUAGGCUGCGACAGCAGAAACACCAACUGGCCGCGAUUACGCUCAGCGUGGCGCACCUCGUCGGCUCUACCGAGCGCGUUGAAGAGGAGGGGGAGGAGGACGGAGAGGAGGACGAGCCAGGGGGGGACCACGAGGACGAGAGGUCGGCGGAGCUACCAGAGCCGGCUGACCAACAAUUGCGAGACGAUGGAAAAGCCGAGAUGGGCGAUGCGGAGCGGCAGCCGUCCCCUGCGUUGAGCAAGCACCCGGACUCCCCGGAAUCGUCUCUGCGGCUGCUGCAACCGGAGGACCUGUCGCUGGCCUCUAGACUCAGGGACGAAACGGCCCACCAACCGCCGACCAAGCCACCUGAGCUCAAGCUCUCGGUGCGCAAGCUGUUGGGCUGCACACCCUCGCCACCGCCCGUCAACGACACCGACCGGUCGUCCAGUCCCGAGGAGCGAGGCCCCAGUCCCAGGCAACAGAUCACGACCAUCGCCAGGCCACCUCGGCUCAUCCACGACGACGCCGCUACUUGCAGAGGGGACUAUUCAGGGAACAUUGCAGGUGGCGCGACAAUCGGCCGGGCGAGCUCGGGCGGUGGAAGCGGCAGUGGGAAGCAGCGGAGGUCGCGGACGAAUUUCACGUUGGAGCAGUUGGCCGAGUUGGAGAGGCUGUUCGACGAGACCCACUACCCGGACGCUUUCAUGCGCGAGGAGCUGAGCCAACGGCUAGGGCUGAGCGAGGCGCGGGUGCAGGUCUGGUUUCAGAACCGGCGCGCCAAGUGCCGGAAACACGAGAGCCAACUGCACAAGGGCGUGCCCAGCGGUAGCAUGGUCCUGGCCCCACGCAGUCCACCAACGAGCCUCGAGGCGUGCCGCGUGGGCCCAUACCUACCGGGGCUCCGGCUACACCACCCGCAGAUCCAGCCAGGGUCGAGCAGCGCGGCGGCAGUUGCGGCGGCGGUGGCGGCCAGCUCGGCCUUCGACCCCGCGGUCCUCCACUACGCCGCCGCGGGUGGCCUCUUUUGUCUGCCCCACGGGAGCGGCGGCCACCACCCGGCCCCGAUGGCCUCGGGUACCGGAGGCAACGGCUCGAGCGGCCCCAGCUCCGCGCACCCGCUCGGUUUGGCGGCGUCCCUGGCUGCCGCCGCCGCCACGAGCAGGUCCAAGAGCAGCAGCAUCGCCGACCUGAGGCUCAAGGCCAGGCGGCACCAGGAGGCGCUCGGGUUGGAGAGGCCGGCCUAG